GGAAUUGGGUAUAAAUAGGGCGCAAUAGCUCCACUGCCCCAACUUGAACUUGCCAGGAAACAGAGCAAGCAGAGUCCUCUGCCUCUCAAACUUCUACCACCUUCCACCUCCAAGACCAUCCACAUUCAAUUGCUCAAUCUCAAUGGAUUCUUCCAUCUUCCACUCACCAAACUACUCCGAUUUCUCGUCGGAGUCUUCCUACUCCUGGGAUAACCUUAAACUUGACAAUAACUCACUCCCUUUCAACGAGAAUGAUUCCGAAGAGAUGCUCCUCUUCGGCCUUCUGGCCGAGGCAUCCUCCCAAUCGAAGGACGAGGAAGUGAGCUGGAUGAAAGAAGAGGAAGGAGACGAUGGAGAGCAGAGCCCCAAGAAGGAGAAGUCCUACCGAGGGGUGCGGAAGAGGCCAUGGGGGAAAUUCGCGGCUGAGAUCAGAGAUUCCACGAGGAACGGCGUCAGGGUUUGGCUGGGCACUUUCGACAGCGCCGAGGCGGCAGCCAUGGCCUACGACCAGGCUGCUUUUUCGAUGCGAGGGCACGCAGCGGUGCUCAACUUCCCGGUCGAGAAGGUCCGGGAAUCGCUGAGGGGGAUGAAGCAGUUGAGCACAGAAGGAGGGGGUUCCCCUGUUAUUGCCCUGAAGAAGAAACAUAGCAUGAGGAGGAAAAUGUCGGGCAAGAGAAGUAGGGACAGCAGCAGCGGACGAGGAGACAAUGUUGUGGUCUUUGAGGAUCUAGGAUCCGACUACUUAGAGCAGCUGUUGAUCAGCUCGUCUCCAGAAUGCGAAACUACGUGGUGAAUUCGGCGUAAUUUUAGUGUCGCGAGUUCCGACAUUAGAAAACCUUGUCUAUGUCUGUCUGUAAAUACAUGAAGUGAAUUUCGACAAUCGGAGGCGGGAUGAUUCAUGUCACCAUCCAAUUACGGAUGUUGAUGCACGUCCAAGUCCAAUCCUGAGUUAAAGUAUAUCUUAUGGUAUGGACCAUUCUGAAGUUGGAUACAUAUAUAUAUAUAUAUAUAUAUAUAUAUUUUUUUUUUUGGAUAAGGAAAAAUGUUUAAGUUUUUUGGUUCCGACUUUAUCUUAUUUUUCGAAUUUGUAAUCGUAUCCUAUUUCAUCUUGUAAA